AUGAUACGAGCUCAACAGCAAGGAAAGCAGCAACAGCAGCAGCAACACCAACUGCAGCAGCAGCAGCAGCAGCGGCGGCAGCAGCAGCAGCAGCAGCAGCAGCAGCGGCGGCAGCAGCGGCAGCAGCAGCAGCAGCGGCAGCAGCAGCAGCAGCGGCGGCGGCGGCGGCAGCGGCUGCGCCAAAUUAUUUGCAUGGGCGUGGGGAGGCAUUCUGGUGGCCUCUCACGCUGCUGCUGCUGCCGUUGCAGCAGCAGCAGCAGCAGCAACUUUUGCUGCGAGCAGGAGAGCAGCAGCUUCUUUGAAAAUGGGCGCAUGCAGCUCAAAGGCGCAGCAACAGACACGGUGAGGCCUCCAGCAGCAGCAGCAGCAGAAACAGCAGGAGCAGCAGCAGCGGCUAGGGAAGCAGCAUCAGCAAAAAUAACAGCAGCAGUAGAAGCAGCAAAAGAAGCAGCAGCAGUGUUAGCAGCAACAGCAGCACUACCACCAUCAGAGGCUACUAUAAUAGAGCUUAGAGGCGAGCCGGAGCCACGAGAGCAACAGCCUGCGCUGGAGCCGAAGCAAAAGGAGCCCUGCGCCCCGUCUGAAGCUGCCGCCCCCCCUCCUGAGGCGGUUAGGAAGAUGUCGGGUUCAAGCGCCACAGCUCCCAAAGGCGAAAUGCCUACAGCCAGUACAGGCACCCCUGAGCAGCAGCAGCAGCAGCAGCAGCAGCAGGAGCAGCAGCAGCAGCGGCAGCCGCAGCAUCAGCAAUCGCAGCAGCAGCAGCAGGAACCACAGCAGCAGCAGGAACAGCAGCAGCCGCCAGACAGGAAGACUUCACAGCCGCAGCAAAGCGAUGAUGCAGCAGCACCACCCAAGCCGGGAGGCGAGCGGAAGGUUCAGAAGGCGAUUAUGCAGCAAGAUGACACUCAGGCUGAAGAUGCGAGGCUGCUGAGCCAUCUUGAGAAGAGGGAGAAGACAGGGACUGACUUGUCUUUAAUUCGUUCGUCUUUAUCAGCAAAUUUAGUCUGCUCGUCUUUGAAUGACUCGGAGGUUGAAGCCCUCGCUAAUGCUGUUCAAUUCUUUACUUUCACUAAGGGAGAUAUUGUCACCAAACAGGGAGAAAAUGGCAGUUACUUCUUCAUUGUGAUAGUGAACGACAAAGUGGUGAAUAAGAUCGUGGAGGGUCAGGCCUUUGGGGAGAUUUCGCUCAUUCAUAAUUCUGCGAGAACAGCUUCAAUUAAAACUCUGAGCGAAAAAGCAGCACUCUGGGGGGUGCAGCGACAAGUAUUCAGGGAGACGCUGAAGCAACUUAGCAGCAGAAACUUCGCAGAGAAUCGUCAGUUCUUAGCUUCAGUCGAAUUCUUCCAGAUGCUGACAGAAGCACAAAAGAAUGUUAUAACAAACGCCUUGGUAGUGCAGUCCUUUAGGGCUGGACAACCCAUAGUUAAGGAAGGUGAGAAAGGCGAUAUUUUAUAUAUUCUCAAGAGCGGCAAGGCGAGGGUUUCUAUCAAUGGCAAGGAUGUUCGGCUGCUGCAGGUUGUUGAGAGCUUCGAGUUUGGGCUUAGGGUUUAG